CUUCCAAAAUAACCCUCUCCCCCCAGCUCCCCCCUCCCUGCCCUCCAGCCCCGCCGCCCCCCGCGGCAGUGCAUGAGGCCGGGCCGGGCCCCACGUUCUCCCCCUCCGCAGCCUGGCCCGGUGCGGGCCCCGAGUUGCGGAGCCCGGGACAUGGCCCCCGGGAGCGCGGCGGAGCAGGAGCGAGCGUGACCGCCCCGGCCGGGGGGAAAGGGGGCUGCAGCGUUAUUCGUGAGGUGUUUAUCCUGUAAUUAUUAUUUUUGGAGGGGGGGCGACGUUUUUCUUCCUCUUCCUCCUCGGUGGCAAACACACGGUUGAGCACAAACUGCCCCCAGCCCACCCUCCCCGCACGGCUUCCCGCAGCAGCCCGUUAAUUGCACUUGGCGAUGGAUGAGUUCCACCCCUUCAUUGAGGCUCUGCUCCCCCAUGUCCGGGCCUUCGCCUACACAUGGUUCAACCUGCAGGCCCGCAAGCGCAAGUACUUCAAGAAGCAUGAGAAGAGGAUGACAAAGGACGAGGAGAGGGCGGUGAAGGAUGAGCUGCUGAGUGAGAAGCCAGAGGUGAAACAGAAAUGGGCUUCGCGCCUCCUGGCCAAGCUGCGCAAGGACAUCCGUCCCGAGUGCCGCGAGGAUUUUGUGCUCUCCAUCACCGGCAAGAAGCCCUCAUGCUGCGUCCUCUCCAACCCUGACCAGAAGGGGAAGAUGCGCCGCAUCGACUGCCUGCGGCAGGCAGACAAGGUGUGGCGGCUGGACCUGGUCAUGGUCAUCCUCUUCAAAGGGAUCCCACUGGAGAGCACUGACGGCGAGCGCCUGGUCAAGUCAGGCCAGUGCACCAACCCCAUCCUCUGCGUCCAGCCCCACCACAUCAGUGUCUCUGUCAAGGAGCUGGACCUCUACCUGGCUUACUUCGUCCGCGAGAGAGAUGCAGAGCAGAGCAGCAGCCCCCGGACGGGCAUUGGCUCGGACCAGGAGGACAGCAAACCCAUCACGCUGGAUUCCACGGACUUCCAGGAAAGCUUUGUCACCUCAGGGGUGUUCAGCGUCACCGAGCUCAUCCAGGUGUCCCGAACACCGGUGGUGACAGGCACGGGUCCAAACUUCUCUCUUGGGGAGCUCCAGGGCCACCUGGCCUAUGACCUGAACCCCUCCAGCACUGGCAUGCGGAGGACACUGCCCAGCACCUCUUCCAGCGGGAGCAAACGGCACAAGUCGGGGUCCAUGGAGGACGACAUCGACACCAGCCCGGGGGGCGAGUACUACACCUCCUCCAACUCCCCCACCAGCAGCAGCCGCAACUGGACAGAAGACAUGGAAGGGGGCAUCUCCCCCACUGUGAAGAAGACAGAGAUGGACAAGUCCCCCUUCAACAGCCCAUCACCCCAGGACUCCUCGCCCCGGCUGAGCAGCUUCACACAGCACCACCGUCCCGUCAUCGCAGUGCACAGCGGUAUCGCUCGAAGCCCGCACCCAUCAUCUGCACUGCAUUUCCCCACCACCUCCAUCCUCCCCCAGACGGCCUCCACCUACUUCCCCCACACGGCCAUUCGGUACCCGCCUCAUCUCAACCCGCAGGACCCACUGAAAGAUCUCGUCUCACUGGCCUGUGACCCGUCCAACCAGCAGCCCGGACCGUUAAAUGGAAGUGGUCAAGUGAAAGUGCCCAGCCACUACUUGCCCCCGCAGAUGCUGGCGCCGCCACCUCCCCCUGGCAUGCCCCGCUUGGCCGUCUCUCCUGACACCAAACCCACUACGACAACUACCGAGGGAGGGACGACCUCGCCGACAUCACCCACCUACUCUGCACCAGGCACGCCCCCUGCGAACCGUUCCUUCGUGGGAUUAGGACCAAGGGAUCCUGGGAGUAUCUAUCAGGCACAGUCCUGGUACCUGGGAUAACCGCCGCCGUGCCGCUCCUUCGCCUCCCUUCUCUGCUUUAGGCACCCCCAGAGGAACAUCCCUGAGCACCAGGCCCAGCCUUGUGGUGACGACGGAGAGCGUGGACUCACGAUGACGACGACGACAACGACGACGACAAGCAAAACCCACACCCGAAGGAAAGAGCGAGGGAAAGGAAGAAGGAAAAGGGUCAAACUUUUUCAAAACGGAAAACAAAAAAACCCACACAAACAACACCCCCCCCCCCAACCCAGGAGGAUCCCAACUCCCUCCCCCACCCCCGGAAAACAAAGAAACACGCACGAAAAAAAAAGAGAGAAAAAAAACACUAUUCUUUGCCCCCGUUGGCCGGCGCUACGCUGAGACCUGACACAACUUGUGCCAGCAAUGCUCCUGCAGCGCCUGAGCCCCAGCGGCUGCCGACUCGCUCGGUCCUGCCUCCAUGUGAGUAGAAUCGAUCAAACCCCCUUUCGCCGUCCCCCCACCCGGCCGCACACAGACUGUCAGGGGAGCCCGGGGUGACACGGUGACGUGGUGCUGCAGUGGCUGGGCCUUGGCUUGUCAUGACUUUCACAGGAGGAAGGGGGCUGGGGGUUCCCGUCUCCCCCCCUACUGUGUCCCCGUGUCUCCCACACGUGUCCCCACCCCGGGGGGGCGGGGGGAGCUGUGAUGAGGGGACAUGUCCGUGUGUCUGAGCUAUGCAUUCCUGUGGACAGGUACGGGGGGGAGGGGGGGUGCGAUUGUGUUGCACAUUUGUAGGAAAUGCACUUUGAAGAGGGAUUGGUCAAAAAAAAAAAAAAGAGAAAGAAAAAGAAAAGAAAAAAAAUUACAAAAAAGGAGGAAGAGGAGGAGGAGGAGGAGGAGGACGAAGAGGAGGAAGAAACAGAGCCCCCGGCCUGGCCUUUGGCUGCUUUGGGGUUUUUUGGAAUUUUUUCUUUUUUUAACGCCAAGGGCAGAGCCCCCCCCCCCGCACCCCUCAAAGCAGCCCCGCACCCCCAAACCCCCCUGCACCCCAAAGCCCCCUCUGCACCCAGCACCCUGCGCCAAGUGCCUGAACCGCUGUGGUGGAAGGGACACGGACCCAGAGAACCCCCUUAAAGAUCCCCCUCACUGUGUGGGGAAGCGCUGGAGGAAGCCCCCAUCCCGCGCGGGGGAGGAGGCAGAUGAGGAAGACCCCCGGUGUCCCUCCGGAGCAGACUGAGGUUUCCCCCCGGCGCCGCAGGGGACAGCCCACGGGGGUGAUGGAGAGAAAGCCACUGUGGGGUGUGCGGGAUGGCAGCGAGGGCACCGCCAAACCCUCCCUCGGCUCCCGCGGGAAGGAAAAGGGCUGGAUGGAGGAAAUCCCUGGAGAGGAGAAGACAUCCAAAACGAGAAGAAAAAGGAGAAAACCCGCAAGAGAACAAGAGAAAACAGCAAAAGAAGCACUUGGUGGCAACGGAGCCCUCUUUCGUUUGGGGUUAUUUUUUACAGAACUGAGAAAAGCAUUAAAAAAAAAAAAAAAACAACGAAA